AUGCCUAAAAGAGCGACGCCAUCUUUUCCUAUAAGAAAUAUGACAUAAAAUGGAACACUUUCAAACUGAUUUUGUUUUCUCUGUUUUUUGCAUUGGAUUUUUACUUGAAAAGCGUACAUUAUUUAGAACUUCGUGUUUAGUUCAAAGAUUACCGUUUUAAAUACGAUUUUUAUUAUCACAUUUUCGUAUAAAAAAUUGCUAUUUGACUUAUAAAAAAGAAGAGUUUCCAUUUCAUUUUUAUACACCGAAAAAAAAGUAUUUAUUUGUAAGAUGACUGCUCCAAUGGAAAGAAUUCAAGUGCUAGAUUCAAUAGAAAAAGAUAUAAUAACUUGUCUUCAUAGUGCAGGGCAAGUUUUCGUCGAACUAGGCAAAGAAAAAUCAAGUUUGAAACAAGCGGAAAAUCACACUCAAAUGUUCUUAAAAACACUAAGUGCCGUGGAAAAUAAGUUAACAGACCAAAUAAACUAUUUAACUCAAGUUUCAACAGGACAACCCCAUGAAGGAUCCGGAUAUGCUUCACAAAAAGUUUUACAAAUGGCGUGGCACAGACUUGAACACGCCAGAUCGAGAGUAAACGAAUUAGAAAGAUAUAAAAUUAAACAUUUACAAGGUAGAACAUCACAAAGAAGCAUAAUUGGUCCUACAAAUGUUACAUCUACAGUUGCAGGGCAAAAUGUACCUUCAGGAGCUUCAACUUAAUAAUUGUGCAGUGUUAACAGUGAAUAUUGACGUUAAUGUUUUAUACACAGUGGUACCUGACUGUUAAUAUUAGUUAUCAGUUAAUGAAGAUUUUUUCACAUUAUAUUUUGCUCUAGAAGAAUUGAGAUGUGGUUGAAUAUUAAUUUUUCCAGGAAAUUUGUUACACAAAUUUCUUUUAGAGAGAUAUUGCAGCUUUCUUUGUUUAGGUGCUCAUAAUUUCCAUGAUUGUCAUUUGGAGAUUUUAAUUUUAUUAAAAAUAUUGAUGCAUAUUGGUCAAAUUGGGUAUUUUUUGUCUUGCGGGUGAUUAAAGAUAAGUACUGACAUUCUUUCCUCUUGUAGCAAAAUUGCAGCUCUUCACAAUAGUUUCUUACAGUUUUUUUGAAUGUUAAAUAUUGAUUUUUAACAGGACUCAUUUUUUUUAAUCUGAAUUCAGUUUUUUAUCAUUUUUGACUAUUAUAUACGAUUUGCAAGGGAAAAAGUGAACUUUAUUUCAGUUAAGUUCGAGUGGGGUAAACGUAAGCGAUUUUGACAAGUUACUUUUUUUUUUCUUUUUUAUCUUUAUGGUAAAAGUUUGUUAUAAGAUUUUUUUGGAUCUGAAACCAUGGCAUCAUAACUGACAUCUUCAUUUUAUGGUACACUCAGCAAAAAUACAAAAAAUAAAAAAAAAUAGUAAAAAACCAAAAUUAAAAAAAAUGUAUGUUUACAUUUACCCCACACCUUUGGGGUAAUUGUAAACAUUUAUCAGUUGUGCCAUACAUACUACAUAUUGGGAAAUGGACUAAUUGUAAACAUUUGACACUUAGGUUUAUUUUAAGCAGUGCACAAUAAAUUAAACCAAUGUUCGUUCAUUUGAACUACUACCACAACACCUGUUGGUUUUUCGUUCUUUUAUGGUUUUUCCUCCAGAAAAAGGACUAGUUUUCAUGAAAUAAAAAUAUACAUGAAGGAAAAAUGUAUUUUUAUUGAAUCAAGCUGUAUUAGAGUUGAGACCUAACCGGUAGGCUUUUUUCAACCACGUUAUGAAACGUUUAUUUGAACUACUACUACAAUACCUGUUGGUUUUUCGUUCUUUUAUGGUUCUUCCUCCAGAAAAAGGACUAGUUUUCAUGAAAUAAAAAGUAUACAUGAAGGAAAAAUGUAUUUUUAUUGAAUCAAGCUGUAUUAGAGUUGGGACUUAACCGGUAGGCUUUUUUCAACCACGUUAUGAAACAUUCAUUUGAACUACUAUUACAACAUCUGUUGGUUUUUCCUCCGGAAAAAACUUAUUAUUAACUAGAAAUAUACAUGAGAGAAAAAUGAUUUUAAAGGUAUUGGAGUUUGUACCUAACCGGUAGCCUUUUUUGAACCUUGUUAUAAAAUGUUCCUUUGAACUACUACUACACCAUCUAUUAUUAAAAUGUAGAAACUGUUUUGAUUGCCUUUUAAUAAUCAAGUUAAUUGCUAAAAUAUUGAUCAAGGGCGAAUUGAGUUAGGUAAAAGGGUUUUAAUAAUAAAAACAGAAAUUUUUCAGUAACAUAUUUAAUGAUAUGUACCUGGUACACAUUGGGGAAUUUUUUUUAUAAUGUUGUUCAUAUAAUUAGUUAUUACAAAUACUUUCAUAGACAACGAGAACAAAAAGUUUAUAAAAAUGACACAUUUUAUACAAAAUCUCCUUGUAUAUAUACCUAACUGAAUAAAUAACAUUUCCCUAAAUAUUUUCAACGUUCCCAUUCAUACAAAAAGUAAACAACAACCGAAUUUGAUUAAAAAUAACUCGAAUGUAUUUGUACGAUUCUGCAUGAAUAAUUUAGUUUUAUAAAAUCAAAUAAUUAUUAAAUAUUAAUUUAAUCUGUAUUAACCUAAUUAGAGGGAUUUAAAUUAUCCACCGUACUUUUAAUUAAUAAUUCGUGUAUGUAAUAGAACAAUAAAAAUAUUUAAUUGAG